CCUUACCUAGAUUUUUUUUUCCAGAAAAUAUCCAGAAGUGUUCCUGUCGGUUGCAAUCUCAAAUUACUAUGUAGGGACAAAAGCAGAUAACAGUAAUUCCUUAAGAUAUUAUAAUUUUAACUAUUCAACUUGCUAUUUCUGACUCUGGUUUAAGUGACAUUUCCACAGAUACAUAAAUGUCCUGUGAUCUGGACAUAUUAGUUGGUUAUCAACAGGAAAGGGAUGAGCGUUUUAUCCUUCAGGGGUGUCUGGAAGAAAUGCCUGGAACUGAGCAUUGUUGCUCUGACUUCCCAGGGAGAGAUUUCUUGGUAUCUGAUUACAGUAGGUCACAUAAUAUUGCCUUGGCAACUGAAGCUCAUAUGGAAUCUCCCUGUCUCCCUCUCGCAGUAUAACUGUCAAUCCCAUCAGGAACUUUUAUCACCAUGCACAGUUUAGGGACUAGCUUCACCCUGGCCCCUAAGAAUUACAUUCUGUAUUUGGGCUUGCCCAUCUGCAUCUCUGAUGUCCUGUGAAAAUAUAGUCUAUGGGACUUGAUUUGUUUUUUUAAUUCAUGUCUGACCCUCUAGUCACCAUCCUACCUCUUUCUAAGUGACAUGCCACCUUUAUUAUCGAUUGUUGGUUACCCUUGCCUCAAGUCCCCAUGACCUAGCCUUUAGGUGCUGCCUUUGUUUUCUGUUGCUAUAAAAGAAAAACUAAGGCUGGAUUCUUGAUCAAAGAAAGGGGUUUAUGUACCUCAUUGUUUUGGAAGCUUAAAGUCCCAGAUUGGGCAGUUGGAUCUGGUCAACCUUUGCAAAGAUCCCCUUAAUGUCAUUACAACUUAAUCAAGAAAGAAAGGAGGAACUAACCAUGCACAUAACAGGCCAAGCAUAUAGGCUAGCCUUGUUGUAUAACAACAGCUCUGGAGAGAAGCAAUUCACUUCUGGAGACUGCAUUCUUCCCUUCUCAAGUUCGAAGACGGCAUCCUGGAUACUUGCUUGUAUGUGAUGGACAAAGCUGAGAUGGACCUUUCUGGCAGAGGCAACCCCAUCAAAGUCAGCCGAGUUGGAUCAGCAAUGGUGAAUGCCAAGGAUGAUGAAGGUGUUCUUGUUGGAUCAUGGGACAAUGUCUAUGCCUACGGCAUCCCUCCAUCAGCCUGGACAGGAAGUGUUGACAUUCUACUAGAAUACAGAAGCUCGGAAACACCAGUCCGAUAUGGCCAGUGUUGGGUUUUUGCUGGUGUCUUUAACACAUUUUUAAGAUGCCUUGGAAUCCCUGCACGAGUCAUUACCAAUUACUUCUCGGCCCACGACAAUGAUGCCAAUCUGCAAAUGGACAUCUUCCUGGAAGAAGAUGGGAAUGUGAGCUCCAAACUCACCAAGGAUUCGGUGUGGAACUACCACUGCUGGAACGAAGCGUGGAUGACAAGGCCUGAUCUUCCUGUUGGAUUUGGAGGCUGGCAAGCUGUGGACAGCACACCCCAGGAAAACAGUGAUGGCAUGUACCGCUGUGGCCCUGCCUCUGUCCAAGCCGUUAAGCAUGGCCAUGUCUGCUUCCAGUUUGAUGCCCCGUUUGUUUUUGCAGAGGUCAACAGUGAUCUUGUUUACAUCACAGCUAAGCAAGAUGGCACUCACGUGGUGGAAGCCGUGGAUGCCACCCAUAUCGGGAAGCUAAUUGUGACCAAGCAAAUUGGAGGAGAUGGCAUGCAGGAUAUCACGGAUACUUACAAAUUUCAAGAAGGCCAAGAAGAAGAGAGACUAGCCCUUGAAACUGCUCUGAUGUAUGGAGCCAAGAAGACCCUCAACACUGAAGGUGUUGUCAAAUCAAGGUCUGAUGUGACCAUGAACUUUGAUGUGGAAAAUGCUGUGCUGGGAAAGGACUUCAAAGUGACUAUCACCUUCCAGAACAAUAGCUCCAAUCUGUACACCAUCCUGGCCUAUCUUUCUGGCAACAUCACCUUCUACACUGGGGUAUCCAAGAAAGAGUUCAAGAAGGAGUCCUUUGAAGAGACGCUGGAUCCCUUUUCCUCCAAGAAAAAGGAGGUGCUGGUCAGAGCGGGCGAGUACAUGAGCCACCUUCUAGAACAGGGCUUCUUGCACUUCUUCGUCACGGCACGCAUCAACGAGUCCAGGGAUGUCCUGGCCAAACAAAAGUCCAUAAUACUGACUAUCCCCAAGAUCACCAUCAAGGUCCGAGGUGCUGCCAUGGUUGGCUCUGAUAUGGUUGUGACUGUUGAGUUCACUAAUCCUUUAAAAGAAACACUACAAAAUGUCUGGAUUCAUUUGGAUGGUCCUGGAGUGAUGAGACCCAAGAGAAAGGUGUUCCGUGAAAUCCGGCCCAACACCACGGUGCAGUGGGAAGAAGUCUGUCGGCCUUGGGUCUCUGGCCAUCGGAAGCUGAUUGCCAGCAUGACCAGUGACUCCCUGAGACAUGUGUAUGGAGAGCUGGAUCUUCAGAUUCAAAGACGACCUACUAUGUAAAUUCCCAGAAGGCUCAAGUGGGCUGGGGCACAUGGCCUCUUGCAGUCUUGGCUAUGGAGAUUCUAAUGCAAAACAUAGCUAGCUCUUGCUUUAAUUUGGGUGUGAAGACUGAGACCGAUUCCAGCAUAGAGAUGCUAUGUAUUUCAUAGGCACACCUUUCCAACCAAGCUAUUGGACAAGGGAGUUAGAUUUGAGUUGUUCCACCUUCCAAUGGAUCUGAACGUUAGCUUUAAUUAUGCUAUAAUUAAGCCUUCGUAGCUCAUAAGAGUGAAAGUCAUCAUUUAUCAUUGCAAAUGGCUGUAGCUCCACAGAUCAGAGGGCUUCCCUUGAGCAGGAGGGAUGUGCCCAGUACCUGGCCUCAAUUAAGAAUUCUGAUUCCCCACUCAGUCAUUUAAGGGUAACAUACUCUCCAAAGAAAAGGGUGUUCACAAUUGAAUCCUUAUAAUUCUAUUCCCCUUUCUUGGAAUCAGGCUGAACACUCUGUGUUAAAAUAUUUUUUCCAGGAAUUAAGCAAGACAUCAUUUUUCUUCUUGGCAAAGCCAGAGAAAGGUCUUUCAUCUUGCACCUGCAGCCAAGGAACUGCCUGCCAAAUUUCACAGAUUACCUUGUGAGAAGAUGUGGCCCCACAUUAACAAAUUGCAUUUGUGGGGAACUUAAUCACCUAAGAGGAGAUAAGAAAGCAGGUGCGGUGCUCAGAUCUAUUAAAUAAUGUAGUUUAUGGUGCAUUUUAUAGGUGUCACACUGUGUCCUGAUCAGCAAAAUGAAUAACCUUACUUUAACCCUUUCUCGGGAAGAGAACUAGAAAGUAAGGGCACUGAUUUGGGAUUGGAGACCUAAGGAAUUAGCACCCUUGCUUGGUGAUUAUACUUCACCUGUUUCUCUGAGGUCAUCACAUUCACCCAAUGCCACUGUCAAAAAGAAAAACAGCUUGAGAAACUUGCAGAUUCAGUAGACAGUUGAAGAUCAAACAGAUUCUGAUUUUCCUUUUUCUUCAUAUUUCCUAUACCAAGCCCUUGUCUAAACCCUUGAGUGCUGAGAGCUAAGGCAGAUUCAGCCUUGCAAAAGGCCAGCGUUACUCUUGACUGAAGGACAGAGGGCACCCAAAUCCUUUACCUUAUGUGCCAAGGCUCCAACAGACAAGAUUAUUGGUACCUCUUUGUAGGGCAGAUUUAUAGUUAUAAUUCCCCAUUUAAAUGCCUUGGGAGUGACUUAGGUCAGGUGACUAUGAAGAAAAAAAAGAACAAAAAGAAAGGAAAGGAAGAAGGAAGGAAAGAAGGAAGGAAAGGAGGGAGGGAGGGAGACUGUAAGAGGGAAGUUAUGGAAGAGAAGAUAACAGAAUGUUCUAGUCUGUAGCUAUGCUCUGGUUUACUUCUAAGUCAUUGAUAGGUUCCUGGGAACUUAGUACUAACCCCCGAGGUUCAGCAGAUUCUAUAAGCAAAACUCCAUGAAGUCAUCUCUCAGCAUUAGCAUCUAAUUCCAAAUGAAAUGCAUUUUGCUAGACUUUAAAACAGCUUAACUUAGUAUGUUGUUAUUAAUGAGAGUAUAAUCAAUGCCUAUAAUAAAGUUAAUCUGAUUACAUGUGCCCAGAA